GUUUUCAGUUCAGUUCGAAUUUCGUUGUGUAUCGCUUCGGUCGGUUUUUGUUGAAUUUUAGUAACAACACACGUGGUUCGAAAAUACUUUCGUUGAUGAUUUCGCGGUUUUGGAUUCGAUCAAUUUUCGGUGACAGUUUGCCCAAUUUCUCAUUAUGAAUACAAACAGGCUUCUUUUCACUUUUGGAUGUCUCUGUAGUAUUAUCGUUUAUUCAAAUGCCUGUUCGUGCAUGCCUCAACAUAUGCAAGAAAGGUUCUGUGAGUCUGAUUUUGUUAUUUUGGCUCGAGUGAAGAGAGAACAUAUAAUAGGAGACAGAAGAGUGUAUAAAGUUAGAGUAAAAAAGGAAUUCAAGACAUCGGAAAAAGCAAUAAUAGCUUUGAAAUCAGGAAAAUUGAUGACAGCUGCGCAAGAUUCACUAUGUGGAGUUAAUUUAGAUAUUGGAAAAACUUAUGUUCUAUCAGGUCGAAUCUACGCGUUACGAGCACAAGUAAAUUUGUGCGGUAUUCAUACUGAGUGGCAACAUUUGACGAAAAGACAGAAGAAAGGAUUAAGAUUACUCUAUAGACAUGGAUGUAAUUGCAAAAUACGGAGAUGUUUCUACGGAAGAUGCCACAGACAAAUCGAUAGUUGUACUUGGAGGAAUUCUUGCGAAUCCAACGAAGGAAUAUGUCUUCGUCAAAAUAACCAAUCGUGUAUGUGGGCUAAAACUAGAUUGCUAUCGACAUGUACGAAAGAAUGGAGAAGGAAUAGCACCAUCACCGCUGCUCGCAAUCACAGAUUCAACUUGAAUUUUUCUCACUAGUUUUGACAAUUGAUAUAUAAAAAAUAUUCACAGAAUGUUCAUUGGUGUGUUUCACUUUUAUUGAACAACUCAAACUAGUUGAAUUGGUCGCAUGGUAUUCAAAUAAUAAUUUAUAAUCACUGCAAAAGACGAAACAAAAUCUCAAAAUUGUAUGACAGUCACAUCUUCAUGUUUUUUAGCAGUUGUACAAAAGCCAAGUAAUAAAUUCAGAUAAACUAGUGUGAAAAUGAUUUCCUACACAGUAUUAAUUAACGAGGAAAACGCUUAAAUGUUAAUUGAAGUUUUGAAAUUUGAUUUAAUGUAUUUAAUCAAAGACUUUUUUUACCUUUAGCGAAUCAGAACUAAUUCUAUAAUUCUAAUUAAGUUAUUUUUCAAAUAACUAUGUAAAUAUAACUCAUUUUGUUAAAUAAUUAAGUUAUUAUUGUUAUUUGAAUAAAUUUAUUUCUACUA